AUGGCUGAAGGUGGUGGUGGAGAUACUGUUGGUGGCGUUGGCCAUCAAUUUCCGCCACCGGCAACAAGUGGUGAUGACGAAUUUCCAGACAACAACACAGAAGCCAAUGAAAACAACAAACAUCAACAACAACAGCAAAGCAUGCAAAAGAGCAAUGACAGUAGCAAUGCCGUGGCAGCAGCAACUGCGCAAUCAUACAAAGAAGAAAAUAUUUAUUUAGAUGCUGCGGACUCGAAUAUUAUUGCUGUCAAUACUAAUGACCACGAUGGCGAUGACGAUGGCGAAGAUGAGAAUAAUCAAACAUUUUAUGAAGCUACCGGUGGUGAACCGGAACUUGUUUUGACAUUUGAUGGGAAUACAAUGAAAAUAGUGAAUGAUGUCAUGACAACAGAAGCUACAGCACAACAACAACAAAAACUAGAAACAACAAAUUAUGCUGCUGAUGGUGCUGGUGGCGCAGCUUCAAUACAUAUUGAAGGCGGCGAAUAUGAUGAAGAUACCACCAAACAACUGCCACAUAGCAUGGAUGUGAAAAAACUCAAUACUCAACAACACAGUUUACCAUCACGAGCCAAUGCUAUUGUUUUGGAUGAGGAUGAGUGUGAAGGAGCUGUUGGUCUAUCCACAUCCAACAUUCUUAAUGAUGUAAAUGUGGGCUAUUCAUCCCCAUUGUCAUCGUCGCCGUUCGACAAUGAUCUCAUUAGGGUUCAAAAGGUUCAACAACCAGAGCAGGAGUUUCGUAUCGAGGGUGGUGACGAGGAGCCGUUAGUAGUUUUACGCAAAAAACGAGGAAGAAAUUUAAAAGAUUACAAUCACAUUAAUCAACAUACAACAUCGUCGGCCCCCGAAGAUGAACAGGCACUGAAACAACGUCAACAAACUUUGUUGACGACGAAGUCAUGCGAAACUCCAGCCUCGGCUACAACAUUGUCACCGACAAAUUCCUAUAAUGGCAGUAUCGGUAGUGAUGGUGGUGGCAGUGUAGGCGGUGGUGCCAGACGCAAAUCAUGGACCCUAUCACCACAAAGUGGUACUUCGACACCAUUAAGUGGUGCUAGGAAAAAAGAAAAACGCUCCAGUGUAAAGUCGCCAGCCUCGUCAACACCAACAACUUCAACGGCAACGGAUUCAUUUAAUCUAUGGAUAGCCCGUGAAUGUUAUGAAACCGUGCCGGCUGAGACAGUUUUCGAGGUAGAUGAUGGCAGUCAAGGUCUGGUGGGUCCAGCAAACUUUACCAUCGACGAGGAAGCGGAUGAAGAAGCGGCGGCUGUCGAAAGCUUAUUGGGUGCCGCUGCUGCCUUACACGCCUCCGCCAGUGCCAAUAAGGAGGCUCAAACCCAGAGACGACAAAAACAUUUACGCCAGCCACAACAUCGUCCGUUGGAACGUUCAUGGCCACCACGUGCCAUGGGGAGAGAUUUUCGCUUGCAGGGCGAUGUUUUCAAAUUCGAUAUUUUGGACACGGAUGAUACAAUUGAUAUUUAUGGGGGUGGUGCCGGUGGCAUGAUUGGUUCCAAUGGUUAUGGAAGCAAUUCGAAUAGCACCAACAAUUCUCCACUUUCUUCACCACCCGCAAUGAAAUUUAAGCCUUUAAUAAAAAAGAAAAUCGGACCCGAUAGUUAUAUAAAUACGAUUACAACCAAAAAAGUGCCCGCAAGUGAGACCUACGAGUUUCCCGCUUUCCCCACAAAGGAAAAUGCCUCGAAUACACAAUUCCCCCAAACACCUUCGACAUCGUCCGCAGCGUCGUCGCUACGUCAACAUAGACCAUUGACUCGGACCCUGUCUAAUGGAAAGUCUGCCUAUGAGGAGCGUCAAGCUCAUUCGCCAAGUCGCCUUAUGUUGUCUCCGAAAAGGCAUCGUAGCCCACCAUCGGGAUGCUCAACACGUAGUGCUUCCCCAUUAGAUUUUCAAUUAAGUCCUGAGGCCCAGGUGUUGAACACCAACAGUAGCCAACAGCAGCACCAACAACAGGUGUCAGCUGUGGGUGGUAACGCCAGUGCCAAUUUGGGCACUCCCAGUUUACACAAUCGUCCUCAGCAGAGGCUGCUGAAACGUGUGGGUGGUGUUGGAGCUGGUGUGGGUACAACUAAUCUCAUAUGUCCACCCACUCCGACACAUCAUGCCAGACGUCAUGCACGCAUGCAGCAACAGGCAGCUGCAGCGGCCGCGGCUAUUGCCCUGAAUAAUAAUCUCGACGAUACGUAUAUUGGCACAGGGCCACCAAGUGGUGGUGGAUCGGUAGCUGCUGGAGCCCAUGCUAGUCAUUUAGAUUAUAAUUAUUUAUCGUCACGUACGCCACCAUCUUCGCCAGCAUUCCAUGGUUCUUCCAACAAUCGUAGUGUCGAUGAUCGUCCACGCGAUCAUUUGGUGGGAGCUGCCUGUGCCGCCGCCACAACAUCUUCAUCCGCAAUAGAGGUGAUCGAUAAUGACGAUGAUGAUGGCAAUGCCUCAGAUGAUUUGGGUGUGGUCCACAUCACCAGCACACGUUUGCCUUCGAUACCGGAGAGAGGUGCAGCAGGUGGCCUUUUACGCACUAGUGCCAUAUUUUCGGCCGAAGCUGACGGCCAAACAAUAAAUGCUGCCACUGCUGAACCUUUACCUCCGGCAUGGGAGGCUAGAAUGGAUAGCCAUGGUCGUAUUUUCUAUAUAGAUCAUACGACCCGCACCACAUCAUGGCAAAGACCCGGUACUAACGGUUCGGCCACACUCAACGGUCAUGGCGGCCGUGAACAACAUCAUCGCCAACAACUGGACAGACGUUAUCAGUCUAUCCGACGAACCAUUACAAAUGAAAAUCGUUCCAAUGCUACGGCUGUUAGCCACAACGAUAAUACUCAAGCCUCGCAAUCUCCACAUAACUCCUCCAGCCAUCAUCCUCACCUGGGGCACAACAACAAUCAUAGUGCACCAUCGAAUUUCCAGCACGUCUCUCUGUCGGUACACCCAGCUGUUCUUAUGCUAUGCCGUCCUGAUUUCUACUCUAUGCUGCACACCAACGAAGAUGCCUUGGCCAUCUAUAAUCGCAAUACUGCCCUAAAGCAUAUGGUAAUACGUAUACGCAGAGAUCCGUCGUGUUUCCAACGUUAUCAGUACAACAAAGAUUUGGUAGCUUUGGUAAAUUCAUUUGCCCAACUGAAUCGUGAUUUACCCUCCAGCUGGGAAACCAAGCUGGAUCAAUCAGGUAAACAGUUCUUUAUCGAUCACAAUAAUCGUCAGACGUCAUUUAUGGAUCCCCGUUUGCCCAUCGAUUGUCCAAGGAUAAUUCGCCACAGACAACCACCACCACAUCAACAUCAAUUGCAUCAUUCUCAAUUCGAUGCCAUUGAUGGGAAUUGUAUAUCUGCCGCCGGUGGUAGUCCACAUCCGCCACUGCCACCACCCAGACCCACAUCAACCUCAUCGUCAACGACGACCAAUCCGCGACAAAGUCAAUUUAUGCAAAACGAUAAUAUGCCUCAUUAUACAUCAUCGUCAUCAUCUGGCACAUCUUAUAAUAAUGGUCCCAGCUCCUCAAGUGCAAUAUCAUCUAAUAAUAGUUAUCAUGAGAUUCCAGUGGCCUAUAAUGAAAAGGUUAUUGCCUUUUUACGUCAACCCAAUAUAAUAGAAAUAUUACGUGAACGUCAAGGCCAAAAUAAUGUAUCGCGUUCUUUAAGGGAGAAAAUUAAUAUACUUCGUGUCGAAGGUGUUCCUGCCUUGGAGAGAAUGGCCCAUGAUUUACAAUUGACUAUUUUACUGAGCUGA